AUGGACAGAAGGAAUAUAUAUAUCCUUGCAUUGAUUAUACUCAGUGCUAUUCCCUCUCUUGCUUACGAUAAUGUCACAGCCACUGGUAUAGAUUGCGAGUCGUUGGUGACAUGUGGGGAGUGUGUCACACACUUGGAGUGUGGUUUCUGUGUCAAGGAUAACAAAUGCGUGCAAGCCGGAUGGAAGGGUCCACUUGGCAAACAUAAUUCGUGCACGGAAGACAAAUGGGAAUAUCAAUUUGGACAAUGUUUCGUGACCCACAAACAAGCCCUUAUAGCCUUUUCUUCCGCCACGGCCGGAAUCAUACUCUUUGUGCUAACUCUCUGUAUGUGCUGCUGCUUAUGUCGGUGUUGCUUACCCCGUCGACGCCAUGACGAGGAACGCACACCUCUUCUCCUUGCCGAAACACUACCUACACAUCACUUCCGUCGUGGGUCGUUUUAUAAUUACAACCGUACUCGUCCGUUCGAACGACGCGGAAGAACACUAUCUUCGGGCAGUACAGCCAAUUCUUCGUCCUUGGGACUUAGCAGGACUUGGAGGACAGGAGAUGAAUAUUUGUAUAGCUAUCAGGCACCCGGCUACUCAUGGAUCGGAGACAGUCCGCCGGUGGAUUAUAAUACCGGAAAUAGUGCAGGAGAAUGGCGAAGAUGGGAGAAAAAACGAGAAGAGUUAUUGGCCAAAUAUGGAAAGAGUAAUGAAGGCUGA